AAUUGGAAAUCUCUGAUCUUAGUCCUCCUGGUUGUGGUCCAGUGAUCAAAUACUUGGUGGAGAAACACGAGGAACUAGAAACUGUCAGUAUAGAGUUGUGGGGUGAGAGGAGUAGAGAGGAUGAGGAGGAUAUCGUAUUGACUAUAUUCUCCAAUCUUAAUCUAAGAUCUAUUAUUAUUCGUAGAGUCUCAUUUAUAGAGUCUUCAGGAGAUUUAUUCAGUUGUCUCCUUAGCACUCUUCCUGACUUAGAGAAGCUGGUACUAACUAGUUGGUGUUCUUUAUCAAAUCAAGGACUUCUUGAGAUAUUGAAGAGAUCCAGGAGUAAUCUCAGAGAAUUAGAUUUAUCUUAUUCUAACAUUACGGGGGUUGGAGUAGAGGAAGGAGUAAACUCUCUUCCAAACCUAGAGAUACUGAAGCUGUUUUGGUGUGAUAAUCUGACAGAUGGAGGACUGAAGGAGAUUUUAAGAUUGUCUGGCAAUAAACUGAGAGUACUAGACGUAUCCUUUACUUCUAUAACAGGGCAGGGAUUCAAGGGAGUAGUAUCUUUCCCUAUGCUGGAGAUACUGAACCUGAUAUCGUGUAGAGAACUGAAUGAUUCAGGUCUCCUGGAGAUACUGAGUAUCUCAGAUAUCAGAUUGAAGACUGUGAAUGUAUCCCUGUGCUGGAAUUUAUCUACUGAAGUUACUGAAUAUCCUUCUGUUCAAUUCAAAUAUUAUUAA